AUGGCAGGCUAUGGUGGAGCUGCAGACGGAACAGCUUAUAACCCUCAAAGUCAAAUGAAUUUGAGUUCACUCAAAAAUCAAAUAACAGAUGUCAAAAAGUCAAACAUAGACAUACAGAAACAAAUAAGUGAAAACGAAAAGAAACUAGAAUAUGACAGACACACAAAGAAACUCAAUAAGUUAAACGUAGAGAAAAAGAAGAAAGAAGAACAACUGAAAGAACUAAGUACAGAGGAAUAUGCGAAAAAAGUGUCAGAAAAAGCAGCAGAAGUAGCAAAAAUGGAACAAGAUGUUAUAAAUUUGAAAAACCAUACUACUCAAUAUAAAGUACUGAAAGAUGAAGAGAUAAAACAAAAAGCCAUGAAGACAUAUAUGGAUAGCGAUGAGUAUAAAAAAGAAGUUGAAGCAAAUGUAAAGGCAGAAAAACUUUUACAGUUGCAAAACCAAACCGUACAGUAUGAAAACUUAGCACAAGAAAGUAAAAAUAACGACGCAGCCAUGCAAAAGGCAAUGAAAAGCGCAGAAUAUAUAAAAGCUAA